CAGUACUUUUGACUUGAAAAUUUGAGAUUGAGAGACAGAUAAUACAACAAGCAUUGAAUUUUGUAUCUGUUCAUAUCCAGGAAAAGAGUGGACUUUGGCUGAGUUGAUACGUCUGAACUCUGGAAUUCAAAUUUCCGGUAGGUGGCACAACACUUCCAUUUCCUAUGCAUGAAGCACCUGCAUCAGCCAUGGUGGAGCGAUUUGUGUUGUGCCUCAUUAUUGUGUUAUCCAUGGAAGUCGCCCUCAGUGCCGCUGCCGGCGUCUUCGAGUCCAAGCCACCGCCGGCGAUGUACGUGUUCGGCGACUCGACGCUGGACGUCGGAAACAACAACUACCUGCCGGGGACGAACGUCCCCAGGGCCAACAGGCCCUACUACGGCGUCGACUUCCCCGGCGGCGUUCCCACCGGAAGGUUCAGCAACGGCUACAACACCGCCGAUUUCAUUGCAAAGUGCAUAGGGUUCGUGAGCAGCCCUCCGCCAUACCUGUCGCUGGUGGCGCCGCCAGCAAGCUCCGGCGGCCUUCUGGUCCCGACGGCUCUCACCAUUGGCGUCAGCUAUGCUUCCGGAGGAGCUGGCAUCCUCGACUCCACGAACGCCGGCAGCACCAUCCCGCUGUCGAAGCAGGUGCAGUACUUCAACGCCACGAGGUCCAAGAUGAUCGCCGCGGCGGCGGGCUCCUCCGACGCGCUGAUCAACAAGUCCAUCUUCCUCCUCCUCUUCGGCGGCAACGACCUGUUCGCGUUCGCGAACGCGGAGCAGGCGCAGAACAGGUCCGGCGCCGACCUGGAGAGCGACACGGCCGCCUUCUACGGCAGCCUCGUCUCCAACUACUCGGCCGCCAUCCGGAGCCUGUACGCGCUGGGAGCGCGGAGGCUCGCCGUCGUCAACGUGGGGCUCGCCGGGUGCCUUCCGGUGGCUCGGCUGCUGGACGCCACGGGCGCGUGCGCGGAGGACCGCAACCGGCUCGCCGCCGGCUUCAACGCCGCGCUGCGGUCCCUGCUCGCCGACGACCUCGCCGCCUCCUCUUCCUCUGGGUUGCCGGGCCUCGCCUACUCCCUGGCCGACUCGCUGGGCCUCAUGGCGGACACCUUCGCCGACCCUCGGGCGUCAGGGUUCGUGGACGUCGCCGACGCGUGCUGCGGCGGCGGCCGGCUGGGUGCAGAGGCCACCUGCGCGCCAAACGCCACGCUCUGCGCCGACCGCGGGCAGUACUACUUCUGGGACAACGUGCACCCUACCGAGCGGGCAGCGGCGCUCAGAGCCCAUGCAUUCUAUGACGGGCCGGCCCAGUAUACUACGCCCAUCAACUUCAAGCAGUUGGUCCACAUGAGCUGAUGGAUUUUAGCCCAUUUGCUUAUCCAUUCAUUCAGGGACCCAGUGAAAUAAUUUUACAAAGAAGAAUUUAUAUCAAAGGUGAACCAUGCAUGGUACAUCCCAAAUCCCAUGUUACAUGAAUAAUUGUGAAAUGAAAAUGAAGAACUAAUAUUGAAUAAGCUUUCUUGUUAACC